CUAAAACUUACCGUCAAAAUAUUUUCCGGGAAAAUGAGUGAACGGGAAAUGGAAGGGAAAGGAGUAGAAAUCUCACUGGACAAGCUUCCUGUCAAACGUCUAGACUCAAUCGAAGAGAACGGCGUCGAACGCUUCCCUACUGAUAUUGGAUAUGACGAGAAGAGAGUUUCAUUGAUUCGGCGAAUAGAUUUUGCUUGGGCGGUAGAGAAAGAAGAAGAUGACGAAAAGAAGAAGAAUAAGAUUAAGAAGAAGCAGAAGACGAGCUCUAAAGAAACCUCGUCUGCCACACAGUGGCCGUGGCAAAGUAUGAUGGAGAAUUUGCAGUUGGCUCACCAGGAACUUUCUGUUAUUAUUGAUCUUAUCAAUACUGUGGAAGCUAAUGAUGCUGUAACAGUGGCUAGUAUGACUAGGCCAAAGCUAUUACCCAAUGAGCAUCUGGCUGACCUUGCCGUGUCUACAGCAACAAAGCUACAAAGCUACCGACAUCUUGGUAAAUAUUUUAAGCAGUCUGCAAAAGCUUUGGAACAGCAGAUUGCAAGGGAAGCAAGAUUUUAUGGCGCUCUGAUCAGAUUGCAGCAAAACUGGAAAGUUAAACGGCAGCGCAUGGCAGCAUCUGCUCGCAGCAAUGAAGGCUUCACCUUUGAUCUAUUUGAUAAUUUGUUUUAUGAUUCGGCAUCUCUAUUUCGCUCUUCUUCUCUAUCUACAAUUCGCAUUGACCAUGACUCAGCUGGCAUGCUUGCUAUAAAUUUACCUCCGAACUCCUGCCGGUCUCUUCGUUUUGGUUUUCUUGGUGCAGAAUCCGAUGACAAUGUAAAGAAAUCCAUUAAAAGUAAAAGUUCACGUAUAGCUGAUCAUUCAUCAAAAGAAGGUGACAUAGAGUCUCUAAGUGAUAAUGAAUGUGUGAAAGCAACACAUUCACUCCUUCGUGAAGUUCAUCAAGCAAUCUUUGAUGAGCAGGUGUUUGACAUGGUGAACCGCGAAGCCUUCAGCCAACCAUUAGGACUCAAUGUGACCGGAAUUCAAGAAAAUUACCUACAAUUGAGCAUAAAUCCAGGAACUUCUAUUUGUAUAUCACUUGUGCCAUCUAAUGGGGAUGAUCAAGUCUCUGAUAGUGGAGGCCACCAAAGCUCAGAAUCUGGUUUACCUUUAGAUUCAUUAGAUGGAGUAAAUUUACCAGAAGAAACUCAUGACUUUCUCAAGAAGAAAUCGAUCUUUCCUAACUGGAUCACUUAUGAAAUAUAUCUUCAACAGAUUUUUCAUGAGCAUGUGUUUAUAAGAGCAAACAGGCUCCUUUCCAUUGGCGCCCGUGUAUCUGGUCAACCGUCAAAAGAUGGGCCUGGCGUUCUUGGUCAUUUCUGCAUGUCUGUGGCUCACAGAAUCUUUGCAAACAAAGUUCUUAUGGAGUUAGAAAAUGUGGUUUGUAAGGUCCCAUAUGUUCAUUUAAUAAGCCAUCCCACUUGGCAUUCUCGUACAUCUUCAUGGACGAUACUUAUGAAGGUUCCUCAGUUCACUCUCCAUGCAAAUUCUCAACCCCGAACAUCUGAUACCAAAAGCGUGAAGAAUGAUAUCAAAAAGGAGUUUCGAUCUAAGAUUGUGGUAAAUGACGAUUGCAUCUCUGUAGAAGCAGAAGGUGCUCCUAAUGUUGUUGGUCUAUUCAAGGGCAGUUCUGAUGACGUAUGUUCUAUGAACAAGUAUGAUUGUGACUUGGCUGAUCUUCCUGUAAUAAUUCUGCAGCAGGUUGCUAGCCAGGUUAUCCGCUGGCUUCACGAGGAAGCUCUUUCAGUGGGAAUGAAAGCAAAACGUGGUUUUCUAUGCUUGUCGUUUGAGUUGGAGCAGGGUGAAGUACUGAGCCUUGUGGCACAUGUGGACCCCGAAGAUAGUGAAGGAUGCAUAUCGUGGUGGAUGUCUAUGGAAGACAGUUUUGCAGAAGAGAGGAAAGUUCGUAUGGACAUUGCAGACGAAGCAUCCGAAUACCGGAAGUUCUUGGGGUACCUACCUCUCGAUGUAUUAUACUCGACGCUGAUGGAUCUAGUUAGUUUGUGCAGCGGAGGUGCGAGCCAUUGACAAAAAAAUACCAUCUUCUUUGUGCACUUCUUACUUGAAGGUCAGACUGUAAUCUGUAUCAAACUAAAUUAUAACCUUCUGUUUUACAUCUAUGCUUUGAAUUAUAUUUCUGUUAAUAUCUGAAACAGUUUUUGUGUAAAUUUUCACAGCUGAUUUUGUACAUUAAUUUCUUUUAUGAGCCAGAAAUUUUGUAGGACAGUUCAAGUUUA